AUGUCCAAGCCCCAACGCGUCGACGCUGCCGUUGACGAAUUUCUUAACGACAAUCCUGGGCAAAGUAUUCCGUCCAUUCUCCAAAAAUACGGCCUCGAUCACAGCACUUUGUAUCCGGGGGUUACCGCGAUGGCGGCGCGAGACCGGGAUCAGGACGGGAACACUGGGCUUCGGCUUAAUAACGGCGGCGGCGGCAAAAGCAGUUUAACCAAGCUCCGGACCAGUAGUGGUGGCACUAAUGGAAGUGCUGCAAAACUCUCUACAGCCACACAGAAGAAGACCCAAGGUGAACGAGCUGACGCCGCCUGGGAGGAAUACCUCUCCUACAGCAACGAUCAGCGGCCGAAGUCCAGCUAUUUUGCGGAAAAGUACGGGAUUCACAAGAGCACCAUGAGCGCGAGCAAAACAGCUUUGAAGAAGCAGGGGGUAGAUGUUGAGCUUUUGCUUAAUCAGGGGUCUGAUAAUGGCAAGGCUAAGGCUAGGGCUACUGCUAAGGCUAAUGCUAAUGGGGUCGGGAGAAUGACGGCAAGGGCCGGAGCUGAGGUGGUGGAUUUGAUGAGCGAUUCGGAUUUGGAGGAGUUGGAAGCGGAAACAGAAGAAGACGAGAUGAUUGAGGUUGAGAGCGACGUCAUCCGGCCACAGCCACAAAAAUUAUCGCUCACACGUCGUCAAAUCACGUCUAUGGAACUAUCAGAUAUCCAGGAACGAUACCUAGUGAAUUGGUACGUUCGCGAGGAAUCGCUAGGGAGAGGAGCACCGACUCGGGCGAAACUCACCAGUAUGGCCUUGUCGUUGCUGUUUGACGGGCAGAAACCACAGCUUGAUCUUGGAGAGGAGGAAUGGUUGGAUGUGAUCAUCCGACGGUUUUUGGCACGCAAUCCGGAGAUCAAGGUGAUGAUGGGUGAGGGGGGAGGAGAAGAAGAAGAAGAGAUGCCGGUGGGAUGUGCGCCAGCGCCGGAGGUGAGAAAGAAGGCGAAAGAAGGAGUAAAUAUAUUGUGGGAGCCAACGGCUGCGGAAGCAGCAGCGGCAGCCGCGACGAUGGCUUACGUAUCUAAUGAUCAAGAUGAUGAAGAAAAUGACUUGGAAGACGAGGAAGACGAAGAUGAUGAUGAAUCAGCUUCCGAAUCAGAAGACUCCGAAGAAGACGACUCCGACUCCGACUCCGACUCCGACUCAGACACCGACUCUGACACAUCAACAACCGACACCUCGACCUCGACCAACCUUGACCACCUCUACAACCAAGUCUUCGUCGACUCCCUCUUCGUCAAACUCGAGGAGUCCAUCCCCUCUCUACCCCUACCUUCUUCAUCUCACCUAUCGGAUGAUAAUAGGACUCUUCUACCAACACCGCAAUCCUCGCAGGACAUCAAACAACACUAUCUCUCCGCUCUGCAACGCUCAUCUUCGGCAACGCAGACUGCCCAAAUUGUUAAAGCCCUAUGCACUGAAGCUGGAAGGGCUUUGGACCUCAAGAACUCUGAGCUAAAUGUCUUGAGAGAGAAAGCGGAGCGGUUGGAGGGGGAGGACAAGGAGCAGGACCAGGAGGAGCAGGAGCGGGAUCGGAUGCAAGAAGAAAAGGAGAGGUCUAUGAGCAUAAUAAGCAUGAGGCUGCUGGACGGCGUGGAUAUGAGCAUGAUGAGCAUGAAUAACAUGGUAGAUGAGGAGGAGAGGGGUGCGGCGGCGGAAAGGAAUGCAACCACUACUCAUAAGGGGCCAAGUACUACAUCGACGUCUUCAACGUUAUCACCUUUUCGCUCAGCCACUACAACAUCCUUGCCGCUGCCACCGGAAAGAGGAAGAGAAGGAGGAGGACAGACUACGGACAAGGACAAGGACCUUCCACUUCCUGGUGAUGUUCACGAGCGGCUUUUAUCGGAUCACUAG